UAACCCAAAGGAUCGUAAAAAGUUGAAAGCGUGUUGUAAGCGUUCGAUGCAAACUUUAGUGUGGUUUUAUUUAUUAUAAACAGUGGAGAUUAUACAAUUACAAAAUGUCGAAUGUAAAUAUGAUUCUGAGCAAUGUUGCUGAGAGAUUAGGGUUGCGAGAAGAAACGGCUGUGAUAAAUAAAUCUAAUGAAUUCUUGCGUGUUUUACAUUCCAAAGCAAUUGUAAAGAAUUUGGGUGAUUUUGCAAAAGCAGUGCUGUGUCUUGAUUUAGCGUGCAAUUUUCUUGGAUUGGGUUUUGACAAGGAAUCAGCACUUUUAUUAUCUGGAUUGAAGAAAACAGCAUACCAAAAUAGUUUGCAUAUGCUUGAAAAAGUGUUGGAACUUGAUAAACCACUCUCAGUUUCUGAAGUUUGUGUUCAACUUAGCUGUACUGUUGUGAAUGAUUUAUCGGCUCAAAUUUUGGAAUUGUAUAGACAGUAUCAUGCUCUGGCUGAUAUAAGUCAUCCACAAUAUAUAGCUGCUGCAAUUUACACAGCUUGCAAAUUGAAAUCUGUUAAAGUACAAAAAUCCCAGUUUAUCUCAAUCAGCCGCUUGAAACCAAUGCAGUGGAAGGAACUGGAAACUGCAUUUUUAAAGUUUGUUGAAAAAUUAGGUUUAAAUAUUUCCAAAGUACAAAAGAAGUCAACUAGGAAUGAAUUGCAUGAUUUUCUGGAAGAGCAUGCCACCAAAGCAGAAAACAAGCAGCUUGAAACAAUUAAAGUUUCUGAAGACAUUGAAGUAGAAGAUUAUGAUGAAUGGAAAACACGAAUUUUGGCUGCAGCAAAACUAGCUCUACUAGAAGCUUAGCAUUUAAUAUACAUGCAUGAUCAUAUGCAUAUACAUUCCAAACUAUUCAUCAUUAAAAUUGUAUAAUACUCCACCACUGAAGGACAUAAUCUGGUGACAAUAAGUUAAAGUUCCUGACUUUGGUUUAUUGAAACUGAACAGAUGACUUUCAAAACGUCUUUUAGAGUUCAUCUGUUCUGUUACUUGCGCACAUUCGGAGUCAGGUAUCUAAAAAACGAAAUAUUAAAUUAUCAAAAUCAAAUUGGUUGACUGAUGUAUUCUUACAAGUUCAGAAUUAUUUUGCAUGCUUAACAUCAUUUCGUACUCAUCCGUGUUGUUGUCAGGAAUAAACAUUAACUUCGUACUUAUA